AAGAUUUUUACGAUGACUAGCUAGACUAUGCAAACAGGAAGUGAUUGCCAUCUCUUUCUUGGCUACAUUUUAGUAGUACUUUAAAAGAUAGAUCUUGUCUUUCAUUAUUUGUGAAGGGAAAUGGAGAUACAUCUUUGCAUAUUGCCAGCGAGAAAGGAAACUUACCUUUAUGUAAAAUAUUGGUGGAAAACGGUGCGCUUAUAAACUCAAAUGAUGCCAAAGGGAUGUUUCCAUUACACAGGGCUGCAAUAGAGGGACACGUUGAUUGUUUGAAAUAUUUCAUCAAUAAGAGUUGUUUUUUCACUAACUGUGGAACGUCCUUGCUACUUGCCUGUUGCAAUGAACGACACGAAGUUAUCGAGUUUUUGUUGAAUAUGGGAGUAUCUGUGACUGCUCGAAGUAUAAUGAUGGAUACAUGCCUACACAUUUCCGUCAAGAGGGGUGACGUGUGGACUGUGAAACUGCUAAUGGAGAACUAUUCAGAAGACUUGCUUGAACUAAGAGACAGACAUGAAAGAACUGCAUUACAUUUGGCUGCCAGUAAUGGGAGUAGCGAGGUGAUGAAAAUUUUACUAUCAUUUCAUUCAAAUGUUCUGGCAAUUGAUGAUUGUGGUAAAAAUCCUCUUCAUGUUGCUGCUGAAAGUGACAGUUUGGAUUGCGCUCGCUUACUUAUUGAAGCAGAAAGAGAUUGCGUGAAUUAUACAGAUUUUCUGGGACGUACAUCUCUUCAUUUGGCUGCCGUUAGAAGUAAAGAUGAAAGAUUUAUUAAACUGCUUUUAGAAAACGGAGCAGACGUUAAUGCAAGAGACGACAGUCGAUGGACACCAUUGUUACAUGUCGCCUUCAAAGGUUGCCCAAUGGCCUCUGGUUUGCUCAUUGAUUAUGGAGCAAAACCAAAUGAAUGGGACAAAAAUAGGAUGACCGCGUUAAGCAUAGCUGCUAGUCGAAAUAAGUCUGUCGUUGUGAAGGUUUUGUUGGAGAAAGGAGUCGAUCCCUCGAUACGUAACAGUGAAGGACAAAGCUCUAUGGACAUUGCAUUAAAUGAGCGCUACCAUGAUGUUUGUAUGGUGAUUGCUAAAAGUGAAAAAUGGAGAGAAGCUUUAGCGUCUUCUAAAACAAUGCAGAAAUGUUUGGAUGUUUCCCCUGAAGUUGCUAAGGUUAUCCUUGAUAAAUGUAUAGAAUACAACGGACGAGAAAUAGAUAAAAAUUACAAGGUCACGUACCAUUUUGAUCUUCUUGAUCCCCAUCCAGAUGAAAAAAAUGAUUAUUAUGGUCCACAGGUGAUGAAAAAAGCGCGGCGAAAUGAUCUGUUGAUUCAUCCACUUACAAAGAAGUUAUUACAAGUGAACUGGCAACAUGGUGUACGAUAUUGUUACUACAGUGAGAUGUGUCUGCUUGCAGUUGUCAUGAUAUUGUUGACUUUUUUUAUGGUAAAUUUGAGAAAGUUGAUUGCAGAUUGUUAUCUUUCAUCAAUUAAACAAAACAUUUCCGACGCCUUUUUUACCGAUGAUGAAUUUUGUUCCGAUAAGUUUGUCUCGUUUUGGCAUCUAUAUUACAAUGUUCUUGGAGGUGUUGUUGACGUUGAUUCAGGCCCGUUCACACGAUCCGAUUUGUCGAAUCCUAAAAGAAGGAUCGUGUGA